ACCAGAACAUUGGAGCCUGAACUACAAGUGGCGCUAUACCACAACGAAAAAAACAGCCCACAGAAGGCCGAGGUAGACUUGUUGAAAGCAAAAGUACGUACGUACGUGUACUUGAUUGUGUUUUUCGUCUGGAAGAUUCCUCCCUUUUUAGGUUGCCCAGGAAACCACUCAUCCCAUUUGUCCUUAUUGUAAAAAUGCAGACACACUGUGUAUAAAGCAUAAAAUAAAUUUUAGUCCUGAGAUUAAUAAAGUUCAUUUUGGAGAAGCUUUUUGAAGAAAUUUAUUGACAAUGCCAAUUCGUGUUGGAAGGUUACCUAUUCCAUCAUUGAGAACCUAUACCUGUAUUAGUUUUCUUUUUGUGGGCAUCUGUUUAUGGUUUGCCCACAAUGAGGUUCUUUUAUUUGACGCUGAUCAGGCAAGGACUUCAUUAAAUCCAUGGUUAGAUGAGUUUCGACCGCCUGAGUAUUCGUACCAAGAGGGUAAGCCAGGAAAUUCAGAAGCUGCUGAUAUUAAAUCUCAUAUGGCACUAAAAGAUGAUGGGGUCAGGGAAUACACUGCAAAAGAAGAAAUCGAACAGAAAGUUUGGCUUAAGCAUCAUCAGGCUGAAAUAAACGACUAUGUGUCUCAUUUAGAAGAAUUAGUAUCAAAGAAUGAUGUCAAGAAAGAGAAGUCAAUUGCUGAAAAUAAUUGGACUGAAGGAUCAAUCAAUAAGGAUGCAGAACAUAAGAGAUGGAGUUCAGAUGAUAAUGAUGAGCAGGAGGAAUAUAACAAUCUCUUCAUGGACUAUACCUUGUUGGGAAACGACAGUCACGUGAUGAAGAUAUUUAAAGUGAUCAUGCAAGAGCCUAUUUGUGUUUUGGCUCUUGUCAAUUUUGCCUAUUGUUGCUUGAUUCUCUUUGCCAAGGCCCUCCAGCUGCUAAUAAUAGGUAAACUUCGAGUCAGUGAAAGACAGCGUCUCAAAGAGAAAUUUGGCAACUUUGUGUUUUAUAAGUUCAUCUUCAUCUUUGGGGUUCUGAAUGCUCAGAUGUUGGAAGAGAUGGUGCUGUGGUCAGCCUGGUUCUCAGUACUAGCAUUUCUACAUCUCUUUGUUAUUCUCUGCAAAGACAGAUCAGAAUAUCUCUCAUCCUCUCCUACCACUUCAAAUUGGAUGCAUGGUAAGGUGAUGGGAUUACUGGUGUCCAUUCUGAUUUCUGGCUUUGUCCUUGUUGGUAUCUGCUUCUACGUUGGAUAUCCAGCUGAUAUCAACACUUUCUUUUUUAUGUUGGCAGAGUGCAUUAUUCUGAUUGUGCGUGCCAUAUUUGUCAUUGUCAAGUAUAGUAUUCAUCUGUAUGAUUUACAUCAUGAUGGAUUGUGGGAAGAGAGAGGCUCAUUUAUUUACUACACUGACCUCAUUUUGGACACCACAGUUCUAACUGUUGAUUUCUUUCACCAUCUCCACAUGUUGCUAUGGGGCAAUAUUUUUCUGAGUAUGGCAAGUCUGGUGAUUUGUAUGCAGUUGAGGUUUCUGUAUACUGAGAUUCAGCGUAAAUUGCGAAAACACAAGAACUACAGGAGGGUUGUCAAUAGUCUGGAGACAAGGUUUUCAUACGCCACUAAAGAGGAACUUGAAAAUGGUGAUGAUACCUGCGCCAUCUGCUGGGACCAGAUGACAACAGCUCGCAAACUACCCUGCAACCACUUCUUUCAUAACUCCUGUCUUAGAUCCUGGAUGGAACAUGAUACCUCAUGUCCUACCUGUCGGAAAUCUCUCAGCCUGAACCCAGUUCGAACAGAACAGGCGGAUCGUGAGAAUUCACAGAACCAGGCUAGGAGAGCAGCAGGAAUAGAAGCCACAGCUGCUGCAAGAGUUGCGCAGGCGGAUCCCCAUCUUGUCAAUCAGAGAAAUGUGUUCCAUUUCGAUGGUUCUCGUUUUUUUGCUUGGUUGCCCAGCUUUUCUGUGGAAGUAAUGCACACAGGUAAUAUGAUGCGGCAACAAGCGCAAGCCAAUUCACAGCUCGAUACAUGGGCCAAUAACAUCCAACAAAUGUUUCCACACAUUCCUCUUCCAACCAUCUUAGAAGACUUGCAACGUACACGCUCAAUGGAGAUUACUAUCGACAACAUCCUUGAGCAGCGUAUCUUGAUUCCACAAGUACCUAUGGCUGCUGAUCCAGCUGCCGCACCGGAAGAAAAUGCGAAUCUGGCUGAAUUUCAACGCAGACCAGUACAGUUCAAUGCGAAUACAAACCCACAUGCUAAUCUGAGCCCAAGUUAUUCAGUGGAAAGCCAUCAGGAAGAGCGAUUAGAUUCUGAACAGCAGAUGGCAACGGAAGCGGGAGAUGCUAGUACAGUGCAAGCCCAAACUCAACAAAGUGAGGAAGACUCAAAAUUGUCAAGUAUUGAAUCAAUGCCUAGUAGAUUUUCAAAAAGUGCAUCAGAAAGAGAAGAUAUUCUAAACCAAAGGAAAAAACAGCUGUUGCAGAAUGCCAGACAACGUUAUAUGAAGAAACACACAGGCGAAUCUUCAUCUCAAGCAUCAUCAUCAUCAUCAUCAUCAUCAACAUUCCCCAUGGAAACAAAAAGUGAUGAAGGUGGUUUAAGACGGAGAGCUGCCGUAGAUAGAAGUGAUGACCAGCAAUCAGGUUCAUCGCUUGAUUUCACUGUUAAUCCUAACCAAUCGGAUGUCAGGCAAAGAAGGUUGUUAGCUUUUGAGGCAGCACUCAGGCGUAUGCAAGAUGGAGAAUAGAGUCUCCUUGGUAUGCCUUUUGGAUUCAUGACAUGCUUCCAGGUGGAAUUAUUCAUUUUUUUAAAAUCUAGAUCUACAAUUUAUUUUAUUGUUAGAAUACUACCAGUGAAAUGAAAAUAUUGAAAGAAUUAUAGAAGUGUUGAUAAGAGGAAUUUGCUAUAAAUAUCUCAUAUUCAAGGAGGUGCAAUAAUAUAACACAAGGUGUACAUAGUGUAGCUGGUGGCACCUGAGAAACAUAUGCAUUUAGCACUAACUAAAUGUUUAAUUGGCCAAGUUAAGCACAUUCAGUAACUACAAUAUUACAUCAUCCAAUCAUAUAAUUU